AUGUUCUCUAAUUUUAAAGCAGUAGCGCUGUUAGCCCUGGUAGCGGCAGGAUUAGCAGCUCCGCAAUACCGAACAGAGCCAUCAUCACCAUCAUCACCCCCUGAAGCGAUAGUAAGCAGCUCUUUUAAUGGCCCGAACCCCGACGGUUCCUAUCAAUACAAUUACGAGACCGAAAAAGGAACAAAAGUCAGCCAAGAAGGUAGUGUGAUUCCCUCAAGCGACCAGGAGAACAAAGAAGGCGCCCUGUCAGUUUCCGGGGCGUACAGCUACGUUGGUGACGAUGGUGUUCCUAUCCAGGUGACCUACGUCGCCGACGAAAACGGAUUCCGACCCGUCGGGGAUCAUUUUCCAGUUUCUCCGCCAAUUCCUGAAGCGAUCCUCAAGGUGAUAGCGAUUGCAGCGCCAAUUGCAUUGACAGCUCCGGCAGAGGAUGUGAUCCCAAUUGUCAGUCAAACACAAGACGGACCUAACCCCGACGGGUCGUACAAGUGGGCCUACGAGGCGGGAAACGGAAUCAAGGCCCAGGAAGAAGGACAAGUGGCCAAUGCCGGCAGUGAGAAUGAAGCUAUGCAAGCAGCCGGUGAAUUCUCGUACCGCGGGGACGAUGGACAGGAAAUUUCGCUGAAGUACACUGCUAAUGAAGAGGGCUUCAAGCCAGAGGGAGCCCAUUUGCCUACCGCGCCACCUAUUCCCCCGCUCAUCCAAAAAGCGCUUGAUUGGAUCGCAGCGCAUCCUUCCAAAGAAGACCAGAACAAUGUUUAA